AUGUUGGAGACAUCCAAAAUCUUUGCUUUCCAGUUUUUUAGGAGUCUAUAUGGCCACUCGGCAAUUUCAGCCGACCACCCGAACUUUGAACCAUUGAGUGCGCAGACUGUGCCAGUUAACCCAAAACCUUUCCUAAACAACCUGACAGGGAACCCUAUUAUUGUCAAACUCAAGUGGGGUAUGGAGUACAGAGGUUAUCUUGCUUCGGUGGACUCCUAUAUGAAUCUCCAGCUUGCCAACACUGAGGAGUACAUUGAUGGGCAAUUCUCUGGAAACCUGGGAGAGAUUCUAAUCAGGUGCAACAACGUUCUAUAUCUCCUAGCUGUUCCAGAGGAUGCAGAGAUAGAGGAUGCAGAUGACAACUACACCUACCGGAUCCGAGCUUAUGAUCUUUUGAGUGAUGAAACAUGA